AUGAACGCUGCUCUCACCCUUAUCUUCUUCGCCUGUGUUGCUGGCUCCAUGGCUUCGGAUGCUCGUGGUCAAAUCGUUGAUCAACUUCUCCAACAAGGACAAGUUAUCGCUCAAAGCGUUAUGAGUCUACUUCAACAACAACUCUUUGCCAUCGCUCAACAAGCCAUUGGUCAAGUUCAAUCACUUAUUGCUUCAAUUGGCCGAUUCGACAUUGACUUCAACGCAAUCUUGAACGCCAUCAAACCUUUGAUCUCUGGACAAAUCAACCAAGUUCUUGCUCAACUUCUUGGUAGUCUUCAAGGUCUUAUUGGUGGUCGUGCUUCAUUUGACUUUGCUGCAAUCUUCCAACAACUUCUCGAACAAGUCAAACCAGCCAUUAUGGGACUUGGUCAACAUAUCCUCAACCAAGGUUUAUCCGCUGUUCUCGGUGGACUUAGUAGCUUAAGUCAAUCACGUGCAUUUAGUGAUAUCUUUGCUUCAAUUUCAUCCCAAGUCAGUGCUGCUGUUACCGCCGCUCAAGGUGCCGUCACCGGUGCUCUUAACAACCUUGUUGCUAUUGGUUCAGGUAUUGUUGAUGCCUCAAAACCACACUUCCAACAACUUCAAGAACAACUCAUUGGUCAUGGACUCAAUGCUCUUGGUUCACUCUCCGAAACCAUCAACAACCUUCAUGGUUCAGUCACUGGUAGCCGAUAA